AUAGUGUUUGAUAAAAACCUCUCGCUAUCUUCGUGCAGGUGGCGGUAGAUGUGUGGAGGGGCCCUUGGUGGCAUUUUGGGUCUUCCAAAGCGUCAAUUAUCGACCUCCCUGUUUUGGCCUUGCAUCAUUUUUUAGCUUAUGUUAUUCGGACGACUGAUUCUUUUUUGUUUCUCUUGUUUUUGAAACUAUGGCUGGAGUCCCGCCUAACCAAGGUUGUUUUACUUGUGGAUCUCUCCACCACUGGAGUCGGGAAUGUCCGCAGAGAUCUCAUGGCUUCCGACCACCGGCCACAAGGGCAAACGCUAUUCCCACUUCGACUCCGUUACUCGCUCUUCCUGCGCCUAACGUGGCUCCAGCUCCUGCGGUCAACCAAGCUGCCUCUGGUUCUGCGGGACACUCUGCCUUCAGCUAUCAACCUCGUCCAAGAACAAAUUGGUGGAAAGACAACCAGGAGCAGCUGGACAAGGUCUAUAACAAGUUCAUGGAAGAUGAAGAGAAAGAAAGGAGAUGUCAGGAGUUGGAGGAAAAAGACAGAGUGAAGAAGGAGGAGGAGACUAAACGGAGUGAAUGGAAGAAAGAAAGAGAGCGGCUGAAAGCAGAAAUCUCUGCCAAACUCGACAAACGUUUCGAAGAGCUUGGUCUUAAGCAAAAGGAGACACAAGAGAGCAAGGGUCUAUCCGAUGAAGUCACGCGUUUGAGGAAGGAGAAUGAAGAACUGUUAAGAAAGAUCGGUGGCGUUGCAAGUAAUUAUGAGGUGGAUGAUGAGUUGGCACGCCUUAAACGGAAAAACGAGGAAUUGAGGAAGCGGCGCAGUAGGGCAAGUACUAGUCAGGAUGAGGACUGUGUUUCUCGGCUCCAGAAGGAGAUCUGUGAGUUGCGGAAGCAAGUGGGAAGCAAGCAAGUAGAGAGUGACGAGAUUUUUGUAUUGAAACAAGAAUUGGGCGAGCUUAAACAAUCAGCCUACAUGAAGACUAACUUCGAGCAAGAGAUCGUUGGGCUACGUAGGGAGGUGGACUCUUUACGCAGAAUGAACGAGAGGGCGAUGGAAGAAACCAAGCAAUGGAAGGAUGAGGCCCUGAGGCCGGGGAACAAGCGCGGCAGUGUGGUUGUGGAUACACCAGCUAUCUCAAACAGGGGUAAUCCUAAGCCGAGAUGGACAAAAAGUAUGAAAGAUGACAACAGGUGGAAGGAGGAAUAUAAGAAACUACAAGGACUUCAUCGAGUGGCGAACGCGCAGGCUGAACUCCUGAAGGAGAAACGAGCGACUGCCGAGGUGAAACGAAUGGAGGCAGAAGGGCAAGUGAAGGAGUUGGAGGAAAAGAUGAGCCGCCUGAAGGCAGCGGAGGCUGGUAAUGAACGAGUGGGGGGUGGUACUAAUCUUAAGGACCGUUUAGAAGCUAUGGCGUUAGGGUCAGCACGAAGGGGAAAGAAAGCGAUGCCGGGAAGAGGCUCCUCGAAGGAAGACCAGGUGUCUAAUGAGGUUAAUGAUCGCUUCCAAUUUGUGGAAGAACAGAAAAAGCAAUUGCGUAAUCUCAAGAAGACGAGACUGGAGCUAAUGUGUAAGGAAGCAGGAAUUCGGACGGAAAAAGUUGAUCAGAUGGUUUGCGAAUUAGCAGAAUUUCGGGUUGAGCAGGCUUUUGGGCCUAUAUGGGCUAAGGAUCCGGCAUCCAAAGGUAAGCAGCCGGUGCAUGUGGUAGAGGAUGAUUCGGAGCAGAGGGAUGUCGACACCUCUGAGGAAGGAGAUGAGAGGUCAGUGGAGUUAUGAGGUGAGCCCGGACGUGGCUACGUUGUGGCUGCUGACUAAUGAUUGUCGAAACAAGCGUAAGGGGGUGGGCUUAUUGCCAGGUAAAUCCUCUAUUCUAUCUAAUGACGGUCAGGUACAUGAUGAUGCGUCUUUCUCCUCGGUCCUUCCUGUUAUUUCUACUUCGACCUCUCUUGGCUCCUCUUCCCCUCUCGCCUCGUCUCUGCCAUGCAAAUUCCUCUCUUCUAUGGUCCCAACCCUCCUUGAUGAUUCAAUUCGUUUCUUGUGUGAUAAAGCCUUUAAUGGUUA